UUCUGGAAUGGACUCAUCAGCAUUAGUCGCCACAGUACCCGAGCUGCUUUUAUGCAAAAAUGCUACAAUUCAUCUACAAUGAAUCACUCCAGCAAAAGAGCUCAUAACUUUGAGGCACUGAGGUUGGUCCGGUUGGAUGGACCAAGUUGUGUCUCAAUACGAACUUCCAAUUCGAAGUUGGAGCCAAUUGAAUUUAAAAAAGCAUCUAUUUGCUUCAUAAACAGCUCAUGUAAACGGCCGAGGCUGGUCUCCUUGGAGGCUGACUGUGUGUCAAUCAGAACUGCAUCAUCAGUGCUUAAACCUGGAACAAUGACAGAAGACAUUUCCAUGUCUCAAUGGACUCACUCUAUUGGUUCCACUACUUCAGUCUCGUCCAUGGAUACAGAAGUAGAACUGCAACAUACACAUAAACAUAGGCUAAAGGAAAAGUUCCAGUGCAUUUACAGCAAUGUGCCAGGACAAGGCUGCCCGAUGUUCCUGAAUGACAUUUACACAGAGCUUUACAUCACUGAAAGUGAUAGUGGUAACAUCAAUAAGGAGCAUGAAGUGAGACAGAUUGAAAUAAUGUCCAGGACACAAACAACAGUAGAAAUACCCAUCAAAUGCAAUGACAUCUUCAGUUCCUCCCAUGGCCACAGCAAACCCACUCGGAGUGUCCUGACAAAGGGUGUUGCUGGCAUUGGAAAAACCGUUUCUGUCCAGAAAUUCGUCCUGGACUGGGCUGAAUGCAGAGCGAAUCAAGACAUAGAGUUUGUUUAUCCACUAGCAUUCCGUGAACUCAACCUGUUGAAGGAGAAGCAGUUCAGCUUGGUUGAGCUCCUUCACUAUUUCAAAAUGGAGACCCCUCAAGGAAGAAACCUUCAGAAUCACAAAGUUCUCUUCAUCUUUGAUGGACUGGAUGAGUGCCGCUUUCCUCUAGACUUUCAGAACAACGAGAGAAAGUUUGACCCAAGAGAGCGAGUGUGUCUAGAUGUUCUACUGACAAACCUCAUCAGUGGGAGCCUUCUUUCAGAUGCCCUUAUCUGGAUAACGACCCGUCCAGCAGCAGCCAGUCAGAUCCCUCCUCAGUGUGUUGACCUGGUAACCGAGGUACGUGGUUUCAACGACCCACAGAAGGUCGAGUACCUCAAGAAGAGAAUAAGUGACCAGAGUCUGGCUCGCAGAGUCAUCACACAUAUCAAGUCCUCAAGGAGCCUCUUUAUCAUGUGCCACAUCCCAGUCUUCUGCUGGCUUUCAGCCACUGUUCUGGAAAGAACGUUAGGUGACUCAGAUGGUGGAGAAAUUCCCAAGACGUUGACUCAAAUGUACAUGCACUUCCUGCUGAUCCAAACAAAAGCUAAAAAUGACAGAUACUCCGGAAAACAUAAGGCCGAUGGGAAAGACAUGAUUCUGAAAUUGGGCAAACUAGCUUUCCAACAGCUACAGAAGGGAAACCUGAUAUUCUAUGAAGAAGAUCUAAGAGCUUGUGACAUUGAUGUCAAGGAGGCAGUGGUCUACUCAGGAGUCUGCUCCCAAAUCUUUAGGGAGGAAUGUGCACUGACUCAGGGUAAAGUCUACUGCUUUGUACACCUGAGCAUCCAAGAGUUUCUUGCAGCUAUAUAUGUGUUUUUCAUGUGCAAAAUCCAUAACUUGAAUGUUCUCGAUCAGAAAAGCUGCACUGGAGCUGAUCCUGACCUGGAUGCGCUGUAUGACUUGCACAGGAGCGCCAUAGACAGGGCCUUACAGAGUGAAAAUGGCCACCUGGAUCUCUUCCUCCGUUUCCUUUUGGGCCUUUCUCUGGAGUCCAACCAGACCCUCCUCCAAAGCCUGGUGAAACGUAGCUUUGGACGCAACUAUCAAAGCACAGAAGCAACACUGGAUUACAUCAAGAAGAAGAUUGAGGAGAACUCCUCGACUGAGAAGUCCAUCAAUCUGUUCUACUGUCUGAAUGAACUCAAUGAGCUCUCUUUAGUGAAGGACAUCCAAAACUACCUCAGCUCUGAGCGUUUCUCCAAACUCUCCCUGGCACAAUGGUCAGCUCUGGUAUUUAUGUUACUGACGUCAGAGGAAAAACUGGAUGUGUUUGAUCUCAAGAAAUACAGCAAAUCAGAUGAAGGCCUCCUGAGACUGAUGUUAGUGGUCAAAGCUUCAGAAAUCGCUCUGCUGGAUAACUGUGGCCUCACUGAGAGAUGCUGUAAAGCACUGGGCUCUGCAGUCAGCUGUACCUCCUCAAGCCUGCGAGAGCUGGAUUUGAGUAGUAACUCCACAGGAGACACAGGACUGAGGCUUUUUGCAGAUGGACUGGGAAACUCAGACAGUAAAUUAGAGAAACUCAGGCUCUCCUACUGUAGAAUCACAACACAGGGCUGCUCUAUUCUGGCCUCAGAGCUUAUUCCAAAACUUCCACACCUUAAAGAACUGGACCUGAGUGAGAACAGUCUGAGAGAGGCCGGAAUCCAGAUACUAGCUACUCAGCUGAGGAAUCCACACUGCAAACUGGAGAUACUGAGACUGAAGGACUGCAGAGUUACUCCUAAUGGAAGUUUUGCACUAGCCUCAGCUCUGAGGUACAACCCCUCACACCUUAGAGAGCUGGACCUGCACUGGAACAACCCAGGAGACGAAGGGGUGGAGCAGCUUGUGGCUGUUAUGGAGAAUCCAGUCUGUAAGCUUGAAGAAUUAUGGCUAAGUUAUGGUUUGCUUACUCAGAGGUGCUGUGAGGCACUUGCUUCAGCCUUCAGGUGCCGCUCUGCUAGUCUGAAAGCAGUGGACCUGAGUGGAAACUCAAUACGAGACACAGGAGUGGAGCUGCUCUCUGCUGGGAUCGGAAGUCCACACUGCAAACUGGAGAUACUGAGGUUGGCAUUUUGUGGGAUCACAGAAGAAGGAGCUGCUGCUUUGGCCUCUGCACUUGCUGCAAAUCCCACAACCCUGAAAGAGCUGGACCUGAGUCAGAAUCACAUCCAAGAUUCUGGACUGAAAGCGCUCUCCCAGGCAAUGAAGAACUUCGACUGCAGACUUCAGACAUUAAGGCUUAGAGACAGUGGAGUUACGGAAGAGGGCUGUGCUGCCCUCGCAUCAGCCCUAAUCUCAAAUCCUACUUAUUUGAGAGAGCUGAAUCUGGGUAACAACAACCUAACUGAUGCAGGAAUAAAGACUCUUUCUGCUGUGCUGAAGGAUGACAUAAGUGCAAUAGUUCAACUGGACCUUAAUCAGUGUGGCUUGACUGGAGAAUGUUGUGAUGCGCUGGCCUCUACUCUCUGCAAAGAGGCUUCAUGUCUGAGGGAACUGAACCUGGGAGGAAAUAACCUGCAGGAUUCAGGAGUGGAGACUCUUUGUGCCGGAUUAGAGAAUCCACACUGCAAACUGGAGAUUCUGAGACUGUUCAACUGUGGGGUCACGGAGAAAUGCUGCACAAUCUUAGCAUCAGCUUUAAAUGGCAAACACACAGUCCUGAGAGAACUGGACCUUAGAGAAAACAACCUUAAAGACACAGAUAUAAGGCAGAUUUCCAAUUUACUGGAAAAUCCAGACUGCAAACUAGAGAAAAUUAACUUAUACUGAGUGAUUUAACAUGGAUCCCCUGAAAAGGAAAUGGAAAAAAAGUUUACCUGUCAUACCUGACAGCCUGUGUGAUCUGUGGAAACUGAGGAGCUGUAAAAAAAAUACUAACCAUAAUCCUCUAUUUAUUAUCAUUUUAUUUUUAUUAUUUAUUUAAUGUAUUUAAUGUAUUUCUUUCUAUUUAUGUUUAGAGCCAUUGUCAUAGUAUUUACAGCUGCACUCAAAAUUAUUCAAACCCCACUGAGACUGUAAGGAUCAACACAAUCAAGCUUUUAUGAAGAUCGAGACAAUUUUUAAACUAACUGUGUAUUAAAUGAGUGACCUAUAAAAAUAUAUACAUUUCUGAAAAGAAUAACUUCUUAAUAAAGCCAUGGUAAAAUGAUUCAAUCCAGUUUUUAAAUCACUGCUAGUUUGCAAGGCUACAAAAUUGUGCUAUAACACAAUUAAUCCUUUGGGAACUUCAUAGUGACAAUUAAUUUGCUUCAGCCUUGAAACAUAUAUAAAUCCCACCCAUGCAUGUGUUCAAGCUCAGCAGCAAACAUGACAAGAAAAAGGAGCCCUUACAAAAGCUAAGAGUAGAAAUUAUUUCAUUGCACCAAAAAGGCACUGGCUACAAGAAGACAUUCUAGACACUUAAAGUUCAAAAAGACAAGUUAGAGGUAAUGUACAUAGGUUUACAACUCAUAGUACAGCAGCAAACCUACCUUGGUGUGGAAGAAAGAGUAAAAUUUCACCAAGAGCAAUCAGACAUUUGAACAGAACAGCUGAGAAAAACACUCUGCCAAAGACUUGAAGGAUGACUUGUUGAAGACAGGAACAAAAGUAUCAGUGAAGACAAUAAGAACACUACACAAGCAAGGAAUUCAUGCCUGGACACCUUGCUGCACUCCACUCUCGACCAAAAAGCACAAAAAAAUUGACUUAAAUAUGCAAAAAGAAUUUUAGACAGGCCUGUGGAGUUCUGGGAGACACUUUGAGGGUGUGCUGAAACUAAACUAACUGUAUAGACCCAUGGAUCAUGUCUGGUGUAAGAAAAGCAAAGCAUAUGACAAAAAAAGAACAUCAAGCAUGGAGAUGGGGCAGUCUUGUUGAGGUGGUGCCAGUUCCUGUAGCAGCAGAACAAUCUUGACCAUUUGACUCACAUCAUGGGAUUCUUUUGAAUACCAGAAACCUUUUUUACUGUUUACUAAAGCCUUGUUUGAUAGCUUUUCAUGAAAUUUUAUUUAUAUUACCAAACUGCCACUUUGAAGGCUUUUAAUAAUUCUAAGUGUAACUGUAUGUAUGCUAGGUGUGUUACCUUUCAAAAUUACUGUAAUCUUACAGAUCAGCCAAAAAAGUACAUCAUCAUUAAUUUAAGGCUAAAGUAAAACGUUAGGUUAGCUAAGAGUCAGCCUUAGAUCUAAGGCUUAUACUGGAGGCCUAAUGUAGUUAUAGUAGCUAA